UACCUGGGGUGUGGUACUGGUAUAAAUAUUAAGGAGAAUUUUGGAUAGGCAGUCAUUUGCAUUUGUCAGCAAAAACAAGAAACAAUAUGUUUGUAAAACUGGCCGUCUUCGUUUGCUUCGCCGGAUCCGUCCUGGCUCAACAUCAAUCCUACCAAGGACCCCUAGCCGGAGGCCAACCAGCUUCCCUCUACCCAGCGGGAAUCAACCCACAAUCAUGCCCUAACUACCCUGAUUGCUCCAACCCCUUGGUCGCCAUCAGUCAAAACGCCGCCCCUCAAUACCAACAGUCUGCCCCACAAUAUCAACAACCCGCCCCACAGUACCAACAACCCGCCCCUCAAUACCAGCAACCCGCCCCUCAAUACCCACAAUAUCAAGCCCCAGUUGCAGCCACCCCUGCACCAGUAUCUCAGUACAACCCAGUGUACCCCCAACAGUACGCCCCUGCUGCUCAAAGCCAAUACUCUUCCGAUGUUCAACAGAGAUUGGACCGUGGUGAAUACAUUGGAGACGGUGACUACCGUGGAGAAGGUUUGGCUGAAGCUUUGGCUCCUGGAUACGCCGGUCAAGCUCAGGCUGCCCUAGUUAACCAGUACAACCCUGCACCAGCUCCCCAAUACAACUCAGCCCCAGCUUACCAGCCAGCCCCCCAACAGUACUCCGCCCCUGCCCAGCCUGCUCAAAUCCCAGCUGGUGUGAAUGCUCAAGCUUGCCCCAACUACCCAUUCUGCCAUGCGUAAAGACUCCAACUGAAACACUUAGACUGCCAGCUGACAACAUGUUGUUAUCCAAAGUUUCACAUGUAGAUAGUUUUUUUUGUAAAUGUGCCUUAAUCUAUUUCGUACGUACUUUUUAGUUGUAUAAAGUUGUGAUUUUAUACAAGAAAAAUACAGUUUAUAUUUAUAAUA